UAACAUGAUAAAUUAUAGAUAAUUUUCUUUAUAAGUCAGUUGUUUUUCAUAUGAAAAUCUUGUGAAUUCUCUCAUGAUCUAAUCCAACCAUUUGCUGUCACUUAACCUUUUUAGAUCUAAGGCCUGUUCUUUUUCGCUGCACUGCUACACCGGUACAAUAAAUUAAAUUGAGAAAGAUAUAUUUGUCUUUACUCUAACCUGUUGCACCAGUGCAGCAGUGCAGUGAAAAAGAAUGCGCGUGCGUGUGUGUUUGGUUGGUUAAACUUUAGUUAAAUUAAAUCAUGGAACUGGGCCUUAAAUUGUGAACUAAUGAAAUAAUGUAUACUACCAAAAUUUAAGAAUUUACACAGAAAGUACGAACCAAUGCUCGAGAUGCUAGAAUGGCUCAAGCUGUCCGAUUGAGGCGAGUAGGUGCCAUGAGAAAUGUCAGACGUCGUAUGCAAGGAAAUGUUAAUUACCAACCUGAGGAAGACGACGGACGUAAUCAUGACCAAGAUAACAAUGAAGACAGAGAUGAUAAAAUAGAGUUGCCAGAUUAUAAAGUAGGAGCAAAGAAACGAGCAAAAUUAGCGGCUAAAGCUGAAAAGAAAAUUCAAAGAGAAGCAGCUGAACGAGAUAGAGAAGAACGUAAAAAACGAGAGCAACUUUUGCAAGAUGAAAGGAACAAACAGGUUGAGAAGGAACAUGCCGAACAAUUACGAGUCGAAGAAGCAGAAAGGAAAAUUAAAGAAGAAAAAGAGAAACGAGAAUACGAAGAAUAUUUGAAAAUGAAAGAAACUUUUAGUAUAGAGGAGGAAGGUUACGAACAGGAAAAUAAGGAAUGCGAGGAAAAUUUAUUGAAAGAAUUUCUUGCAUAUAUAAAGUUGAACAAAAUACUGGUUUUAGAAGAUCUAGCUGCACAUUUUGGACUAAAAACAGCAAGUGUAGUUGAAAGAGUUCAACAAUUGCAAGCUAAUGGUAAUUUAACUGGUGUAAUUGAUGAUAGAGGAAAAUUUAUUUAUAUAUCGCAAGAAGAACUUCAAGCUGUUACAAAAUUUGUGCAACAACGUGGUCGAGUUAGUAUCACUGAAUUAGCUGAAAAUUCAAAUAAUCUAAUUAAUUUGAUUCCUGCAAAAAGCUGUAGCAUUUCAACUAAUUAGAUAAAUGCUACACUUAAUUUUGGUUGUACAUAUUUCGAUUGUAACUAAACAAGUAUGAUUACUGUAUACAGUGAUAAUAAAAUUUUAAUAGUUUUUACUUUUAUAAUAUGAGUUUAAUGUAAUAUCAAGAGUAAAGUUAUACAUUUUGUAUCACUUCUGUGUAGCUAUUAAUUUUUUUCCACUAACAUCUUCAUUUAUGUACUUAUAUUCCAUUUAAUCGCUUACUUUGUAAUUUUGCUCAACUCUUUUGCCUUUUUUGGAAAAUUAACGGAAGCUAUGAAUGAAAAACAAAAAAAAA